UCAGAGACCUUUUGCAUUAGGGUUUUCACUUCGGCUGCUGCUUGUGAGUGAGCAACGAAUCUUCAACCCCAACAAUGGCGACGAAACAAGCCAAAGCUUCCGUGCAAUGCUUCGGAAGGAAGAAGACGGCCGUCGCCGUCACCCACUGCAAGCCCGGCUGCGGUCUGAUCAAGCUCAACGGCUCCCCGAUCGAGCUGUUCAACCCAGAGAUCCUCCGGUUCAAGAUCUUUGAGCCGGUGCUCCUCCUCGGGAAGCACCGUUUCGCCGGCGUCGACAUGAGGAUCCGCGUCAACGGUGGUGGUCACACUUCUCAGGUCUACGCGAUUCGUCAGAGCAUAGCCAAGGCGCUCGUGGCGUUUUACCAGAAGUAUGUUGACGAGCAGUCGAAGAAGGAGGUGAAGGACAUUCUGAUAAGGUACGAUAGGACUCUGCUCGUGGCGGAUCCGAGGAGGUGCGAGCCGAAGAAGUUUGGUGGGCGUGGUGCUCGUUCUCGUUUCCAGAAGAGUUACCGUUAAAAACAUAAUCUGGUUUGUGUUUUCUUUUCUGAUCUCAACCGUUUUGAGACAUUAUUUAUCUUUUUGAGUUUUGUCUUUAUGGUUAUUGGAUAAUGUUUUGACAAUGUCUUGAUCGUUUAUUGUUGAAGAACUUCUCAAGUUUUAAUUUUGAAUCUCUUAUAUGUUCUGUCUGUGUUUAUGGAACACAAGCUUUGUUGUU